AUGGCUCUUAUAAGUCUCCCAGUAAGAAACCUCUCUGGUGGCUUUCAGAAGGUUGGCACAAUGGCCUUGUCUCUCAGGAGCUACGGUACAAGGCGUGAGUCCAAGCAAUGGAAGCAAAGGCCCAACAGAAAAGCAAGACUGGACAUUAUUCUCACACAAGAUGUGCACAAGCUCGGGAUCAAAGGUCAAAUCGUACAAGUGAAGCAUGGCUAUGGAAGAAACCACCUUCUACCUCAAAAGAUGGCUGUAUAUGCCACGCAUUAUAACGUUGAAGACCACAAUGCUUUUACUGUGGAAAAGGGCGGAGUUCAAGCUGGCGAGACCGAGAACUUAACACGAUUCCUGGAAAAUAAAGAGUUGAUGGUUCGUGUGGCUGCAGACAUGCCGGUGACAGAGCACCAUGUAUCAAGGGCCUUCCGACAAUGCCUGCAGCUGCAUGUCCCUGUGGACCUCAUUGAACUACCAGAGCCGAUUACUACUACCGCUGGAGGAUCUGUGACUGUGCGAGUGUCUGAAGAUACACCUGUGACUCUACCUGUGAAGCUGGACACCACAGUGACCAAGAAACAGCAGAGAAAAGUCGACAAGAGACAAAUAUUCUUAUCUAGACGUAACAAAGAAGAUGAAACAGACUAGAUAAUUAUCUGUAACUGUUUGUAAUUUGUGACUCUCCGUGUGGCUUUUGUCCUGUAUGUUUACAUCAAUGGUUUUCAUCAAUAGUUUCAUUAUGAUCUAUGUGUUACAAACUUUAAAUUGAAAACUUUCCCACAA